CACCGUCGUUAAUGAUGACACUAUAGCUGACCUCAGUAUGCACAGCGGCAUCGGCGACAAGCUCUCGAACGUUGUCGGAGGAUCGGUGGUGGGCAACAUAGGGUCUGGUAUGACAGGGUUCAUGUACGACGCUACACGACGCCUCACCCCGCUUACAUCGGACGGCUUCGACGCCUCACAUACCUUUCCCUCCUUCACCUUCCUCAACGACCCAGGCGACCCGUACCUCGCGCAGCUGGCGGACAUCAGGGAAGACGUACGGAAGUGGAGCAAGACCAAGGAUCUCAUCGCGGCACCUACCUUCGAUCUCGCGCAAUGGACUACGGAUCUGAUCGUGCGGCCUCCAGGGGACAUCGUCGUCUGGGUUCCUCCCAACACCUGCCUCCUGGCCGAGCGACCGCGGACGCAUUCGCAACCAUCGCCCGAGAUCGUCAUUAUACUGCCUGCUUCUGAUUGGACGCCUGAGACGCCAUACGUGGUCAAGCCUGCACGUACGGUUGUCGGAGGCUUCCAGGAUCACCAUCACCUUGGCUCUCGUCAAGCUGUCCACGCCCUCGUCGUCUUCUACACGCUGAUUAUCGCCUACGUCGCCGUCGCUACCCUCGAGCCGGUACGGACGGCAUGGCGCACCACGCCCAUCGGCCAUCUUGGCCUGCAAACUGUUCUGGGAUUCGUGGGGCGGACUCUUUACUGGUCAAUGUUCUUCGUGACAUCGCUCAAGGGUGUUCCGUCUGACUGGGACGUCCAGCGCGCGUCGGGUGCCACCAUCCGCAAGGCCAGUCCCAAGUCUCGGAUGCCUCGGUCAUUUCCCAAGGACCACGCGCUCAUCGGCGGUCCUCGCCCGCUCGUCGCAUACGACCUGGCGACCUACACUCCCAACACACCGCUGGCUCUCCGGCCCCUGCUCGUCGUCUUCCGCGACGGCCCGGUCCCCACUCCGCUCGCGCUGCCCCGCUCUGCCACGCGCCCGCGCACGUUCAGCGCGAUGACGCUCAUGGAGGCCCGACCCGCUCCUUCGAGUGGGCCUCACACAAACGUCUCGCUCAUCGAGGAUGAGGGGCCGUGUCCCACGACGAUGAGCUUUUGCAAGCGUUUCCUGCGCCGCCAGCACCCCGGCCUCAAGCUGUUCGGGCUCCGGGAGCGCCGAGUGCGCCGCCAUGCCGAGCUCCGUGCUCUCCGAGACGAGAUGGGUGAGGACGUCGCCCUCCGCCACGCUCAGGAGGGCUGGGAGGUCCUCCAGAAGAACUGCAGGGGGAUGUGGGGCUUUGUCGAGGCGUCGCAGACUCCUGUGCAGCCUGAGCACUAAACGCGCGACGCACUCUCCACGACAUCCCCGACCACUCAUAUCAUUAUCCAUAUCUAUCUCUCUUCUCUCCUCUCUUACUGUACCACCACCCCUUUCUUGAUGCCCGACACG